CUGAGGAGGUCUUCAUGGAGAUCCGGAAGCCUCUGGAAUGGCAUUGUAAACAAAUGGACCAUUUUGUGGGACUCAACUUUGCCUCCAACUUCAACUUUGCAUUAGUGGGGCACUUGCUCAAAGGAUACAGACAUCCCUCUUCCACCACUGUGGCCAGGACAGUCCGUAUCCUUCAUACGCUCCUGGGCCUGGUGGGAAAACACCGUAGCUGUGACAAGUUUGAGGUGAACACGCAGAGUGUGGCCUAUCUGGCAGCUUUGCUCACAGUAUCAGAGGAGGUGAGGAGCCGCUGCAGUCUAAAGCACAGGAAGUCAUUACUGCUCUCAGAAGUUACCAUGGAAAACUUUCCCAUGGACACGUACUCCGCGUAUGACACUGAACCUGGAUGCAGGCUACUGCGUGAAAACCAGCCCUGGGCUUCUCCGAAAGUGUCAGACCGCAGUCUUGCACCUCCGUACUCUGCAAUGGGGCAGACCAGCCUUCGCCCACGCAAAUCCAUGAGCGUAGACAUGGGCCAGCCGUCACAGGCCAAUGCGAAGAAACUUCUGGGCACUAGAAAGAGUUUUGAUCAUCUGAUUUCGGACUCAAAAGCCCCAAAGAGACCAGACAUGGAGUCAGGCAUCACCACACCUCCAAAGAUGAGACGAGUUUCUGAAAAUGACUAUGAGAUAGAAACUCAGCGAAUAGCCAACUCCCAUUUACGCAAAGUUUCUGUGUCUGAGUCCAAUGUCCUCCUAGACGAGAAUGUUCUCACAGACCCAAAGAUCCAGACGCUGCUCCUUACUAUACUGGCAACACUGGUGAAAUACACUACAGAUGAGUUUCAUCAGCGGAUCCUGUACGAGUAUUUGGCUGAGGCCAGUGUGGUGUUCCCCAAGGUCUUUCCAGUAGUCCAUAACCUGCUGGACUCCAAAUUAAGCACCGUCCUUUCCAUGUGCCAGGACCCCAACCUCCUGAACCCCGUCCAUGGCAUCAUUCAGAAUGUGGUUUAUCAUGAGGAGUCUCCUCCCCAAUACCAGCCGUCCUGCUUGCAGAGUUUCGGUUUCAACGGUCUUUGGAGGUUUGCCGGGCCCUUCUCUAAGCAAACCCAAAUUCCAGACUAUGCCGAGCUUGUGGUUAAGUUCCUAGAUGCUUUGAUUGACACUUACCUUCCUGGUAUCGAAGAAGAAGGAGGGGAGGAGUCACUGCGCACCCCCACCUCUCCAUAUCCGCCCACCGUCCAGAGCCAGCUCAGCAUCACGGCCAACCUCAACCUGUCCAACUCCAUGACAUCUCUCGCCACCUCACAGCACUCACCAGAGGGCCCUAUAGUUUAUAGACGGUCCCCAACUCUCUCCCAUCCACGAACCACAGAGGAGGUGCCACCGAAAACAGCUGCCUGUCUGCCUUGCUCUAAGUCAGCUGUAUUCCCACCUCACCUCGUCCUCCCAGGCAUCGACAAGGAGAACGUUGAGAUUUCUCCCACCUCGAGUCUCUCCACCAGUGGGCGAGCGCGACACGGGUCAGCCAGCCAGGUGCAGAAGCAGCGUAGUGCAGGCAGCUUCAAACGGCCAAGCAUCAAAAAGAUCGUCUGAGAAGAUUUGAAGCAUUUCUCUCUACUCCACGGCCAUCGUUCUUCUCCACGAAUCCUUUUUGCUUUCCGUCGUCCAGUUAACAAGGUUCCUGCAUUGAAGAACCGCUUAAGUGUUUGUUUUUUUAAUACCAGUUGAAGCUUGCCACACACUUGCCUAAAUGAACUACUUCAGGAGAAUGCACUGAACUCUUAUGUGUUGCACUCAACAUCGAAAAUGUCUUGGGACCGACCACAUUGAAAUGCUAAAUCUGUCUAGCUGAGGCGUCCACUCUUCGUUUUGCACAAACUUGAGAUUAUGUCCUCAUCGAUGUCUGAAAGAAACACAAGAAUGAGAAACUGAUCUGAUCAACCACUACAGCAAACAGAUGACCAACCGUGUGGAGACUCGCAGGCUCAUUAUCCUGGCCUGGCAUCUGGCCUUUUUCCAUUUUGUUCCGGACCCAAUACGGGAUGGACGAGGGGCCUGUCCUGUCCUGAUAUCCACAGGCUUGAAAUCUGGAUGGCGAUCCAAGAUUAUAUGUGUACUAUACUAUUGACGAUAAUAGCGAUCACAUGUUUUGGGUUCUUAUUUUAUCCAUUGUGUGCCUUUGUCAGGGUUUUCAGCUGUGUAUAGUUUGUAAAAUAGGCAAGACCUUGCUAAGGAAGGGAAAACAGGUACUAAUUAUGAAAACGUGUUGCGGCUUUAACAUUUACCAUAUUGUCCAUACGUCGCUACGGUGUAAACUGUACCAUGUGACCAUCAACUACGAGAAUAUCAUAUUGCAGCUUCUAAAUAUUUAUUCUGUAGAUAAUGUUUUCAGAGAUCACAUGAAGGUUUGCUUUGCGAUCGGUCGUAAAAAAAACAAUUCUAGAAGAGCAGCGGAUGAGUAUGUAUUUUUUUCCCCCCAAAAUGCACAAAUCAAACACGACAAAUUGGCAUUAAUAUUCAUGUUUUAGCAUUGUCUCACUGUGGUGCAAUAUGUUUUUUUAUUUGUUUCGUUGAACACUGUGUGUAUACAAAUUGCACAUGAUUUAAGUGUGUGAUCAGGAAAUAUCCAUGCACACUUUUAUCUUCCCCUGUUCCCGUCUCACUAACAGCUCACGUACAGCACAGGAAUCCCAAUCCCACCACAAACUGACAUAGUAACAUUGCACCAAAGACUAGUUUGCAAUAUUGUGAGGGGAAACUGUUGUGAACUCCAUUUAGCAUAUUUUUAUGUCGGUCUUGUCUAUGUUGUAUGCCUUAAAGAAUUAUUAUCUUCCAUACAGUUCUCACUAGCGUUGUAACCAUGUUUUUGGCAUUUAAUUUUAUCGUUUUCCCACUCGUCGCCUAACCAGUGAAUUGCAAAAUUAAACACAAUUGUGCCAUUUAAGUUGGAAUUAACAUGCCAUUUAUUUGCAGGGCUUCACGGUGUAUUUAACAUACAAUGGCCAUCAAAAUUGAAGUGGGCGAUUUUUGUGUGCAAUAUGUUUUCUGCAUUACUUUUCUGUCAUUAUUAUGCCAAUCUGCAAAUCUACAAGGAGGACACGGUAGUGUACCUAGUAACAGACUCAAGUACAUUGUCUCUUUGAAAUGCUUAUUAAAGGGAACUUGUAUUACUAAAGAAAAGGGUACCUGCCAAAUGUUUGAGGAUGGAAUAUUUAUGCAUAAUUUUAAUUUUAUGUUUCUGAAAGGAUUGCAUUGAAAUACUAGAUGUUUCACACUUAAAAUUGGGACCAAAUCAAUGUCAUUUUUCCAUUUCAUUUGUAGAUUUAUUUAACAUUUUCCUAUGUUUUACAACGUACUAUACUGCAGGUCCAAAAAUGUACGUUCAUGCUGACUUGUGGUCAUUUUAGGGCACCAAGUAUUUACAGUGAAAUAUCAUCCCAACAGCAGAUUUCAGAUCACAAUGAUCAAAAA